AAAAAAUACAUUGUUUCGUGGUCCCCACUAAAAAAAGCAUGUCUUCGAUCUUAAAAUUUAAUAUUAUGUAUUUGUUUUUUUUAUUUACACUAUUGGCUGAUACCGGAUAUGCGAUGACAAGACAGCAAUUGAAAAAUUCAGGGAAAAUUAUGAAGAAAACUUGCAUGCCCAAAAAUGACGUAACCGAAGAGGAAAUCGGACAAAUCGAACAAGGGAAGUUUCUGGAACAACGUAACGUGAUGUGCUACAUCGCAUGCAUUUACACAGUUACUCAAGUUGUGAAAAACAAUAAAUUGAGCUAUGACGCUGUUAUAAAACAAGUAGACGUGAUGUUCCCGGCAGAGAUGAGACCCGCUGUCAAAGCUGCUGCUGAAAACUGCAAAGAUAUUUCAAAAACGUUCAAGGACAUUUGCGAAGCCUCGUACUGGACUGCUAAAUGUAUGUAUGAUUUCGAUCCAAAAAACUUCGUGUUUCCAUGAAUCAUACUUGUUUUAAUUAGUUGUGUAAUCGGUGUGUGAAAUAUAACAUGUUCAUGAAUUGUAAUUAUUGUUUUUAUUAAGAAAGAAUAAAAAAUCACACACUGAUUUUACAUCA